AUGAACAAACGAGGCAAGGAUGUCAACUGGUCAAAGUUAGCAAAUGCAUCGCCUAAACCAAAGAGACUUCACUUAGAAGAGGAUGACUGCGAUGGUCUUUUUCACUGCCCGGUGCAGAUUUGUAACCACGAUGGAUUCACUACGCAAAGAGGCUGUAGAAAACACGUAAAGAACAAACACAGCUGGUACUAUUACUUCGACGAGAAGCCAAACAGUGCUCAAAUGGAAUCGUUUCACAAUCAAUCCGAGAAAAUUGAAGCCAACGAUCGGACGAUUCCACGUACAACGAGAGCAAUUGCCUCAUUUGACUUGAAAAACAACAUUUCUAAGAGUUUUUCCUCAUGGCUAACUGGCAGCGGCGGGGGUUGUAAAAGCGAUCGACAAGCACAGCAAAUUGUCAGCAGGUGUAUAAAGGUUCUCAAAUUCUGUUGCGAAGACGAAGAGGAACUCACAUUUGGCAUUGUUGAUUUCAGCCUAUGUUCACCGAAUCUCCUAUUUAAAUUCGUUGAUACGAUGCAGGAUGAAUGGAAACUCGGACACGCGGGACGCAUAGGUUACUUGGACGCUAUUGCAGAAUUAGCGGAUUUCAGAAAAGUAAAUGGCGCAUCAGAAACAGUAUGGAGAGGCCUUUCCACAGCAGAAAUGUACUUAAAAAGGGUGCGAAAAACCGUGUCAAAGAUGAUGAGGUUACAAUGGACCAGCGAACUCGAUAUUGACGCUUUAGAAGCCAAGGGGCACUGCGCCACCAUGGAAGAGCUUUUAGAGGUGGUGGGGCGUUACUUGCCGCGCUACGAGAGCGUGCUUAAAACAUGCAGGGAUAAAUCAGAUACUGUUUCGCCACUGGAGUUAUCGUUCGCUACCAAAUUUCUGGCAGUCUAUUUGUUUAUCAAGGUUAAAGGCUCACGACCGAUGACAUACCAAUAUCUAACCGUAGAAAUGGUCGACAAAGCUAAGACGAACGGCGGAUUCAUAGACCAAAAACAAUUCAAGACAGCUGGAAAGUAUGGUUUUGAUUCCCUUUUCCUGACAGACACCAGUAUGCAAGUCCUAGAAGGCUACAUCAACCACAUUCGCCCACUUCUCAAGCCUAAUUGUGAUUAUGUUUUAGUCACGAGAAAUGGUCGACAACAUAACAAGCUAGGAGAAGCAAUGAGUAAAUUGGUGUUGCAACAGGCAAGUAUGUUCUCCCAACUCGCUACAGCCAAAUAGUGGAGACGGCAAGCUCUAGAACUCUCAGCAGCAGCGCGCAAGAUGCGAUCUCCGAGGACCAGAAACACAGCUCUAUUGUGGCAAGAGUUCACUAUCAAAAACGGCGAUCUCGCGAAGUCGCCAGCAAAGCACAUGCAUUUUUGGAAAGGCUACAGGGCGAGAGGGGAUCAGAGCUAGAGAUGGACGUACGCUCUAGGCUUUCUGAGAAUUCAAGUUCUUCACGAGAACAAGAUGUUAGCAAAACCGAUACGUCUUCUAAUGACGAAGAAGACGUAAUUACAGAUACAACACGCGAGCCUUUAGUAGGAGUGCCAAAAUUGAGGCGCGAAAAUGCGUUCAGAGUGACCGAAACAAGCACGCGACGGAAGAGUUUAAUGUUCACCCCCGAGGAAGACAAAUUCCUCAAAGCUGGACUUAAACGGCACGGAUUUGGGCAAUGGAAGGCGAUUCUAACAGACCCCGACUUUCAGUUCCAAAAGGGAAGAACAGCUAACUCUCUUCUGAGCCGAGCCGCUCGAAGAUUUGGAUCAUAUUCAAAAUCGACGCAGCGUUGGCAAGGUCCUACUUAACGAACCAACUCAAGGGCAUGUAGCUAUCUUAAAUCUUGAACUCAAAUAAAUGAAUUAUUGUAAACUUUAGCCCCACAUAAAAUGCGAGAAACAACUAUAGGAAGAAGAGAUAAUGUAAGCUAAAUCCAUAAAGUCAAUAUGAUUUAUUUAAUGACUGAAUUUCUCGGCAUGACCAUGCCAUCAUGGGGCUUCGUAGAAAACAUGCAAAAAUGACGUGGUAUUUGAAACUGACAACAAAACAUUAAUAAUACUAGUGUUCUGUGGCGUAAAGGCCUUCAAAUUAGUUUAACUUAGUAUAUCUUAAAUUGGAUGUACGGGCACCUAAGUUGAUCCUACUUUUUUACACGUUUCUGCGAACUGAAAAAGCUAGUCACCCGCUUCUGUCCCUCGGUUGUUUGGCUUCUCGAGAGUCUUGCUCGCUUCGAAGGUCUGUUGUCAGGUGAGGAAAGAAGAGUGUAAUGUUCCGCUUAUAAAUGGGAACAGGUUCCGAAUUUUUGACAAAGGAACCAGCGUUCCAUUUCGCGCAAAGUGUAAAAAGGAAUAGGGAACAAUAGUUCCUAUUUAUCGUAGGCUAUCUGAAACUACUGUCCAUCACCCCCGCUAUACAAAUUUAUCAAAACAUGUUUCCGUCAACAAUCAAGUUAAGUACGAGACUUGCCCGCUACAUGUUCAUUCGCGUUCGGGCUUGCCCCCGCAAGUUCAGGCUUAUGUCGUUGUUCCUUUUGAUUAAUUUUGUACCAAAUACGGACAAGAAAACAAUGGGGUAAGGGGCAAGAAUGACCAACUGUGGGCAGAGAUGGGCUAACAAAUAUCUCAGUGGCGAAUAGGAUGAUCUCUUGGGGACCCUUUUGCUAGUAUAAGUGCGUGCAUACUUUAGAAAGAUAUCGAUUUCAAGCUAACGCUUAAGAUGAACAAACGAGGCAAGGAUGUCAACUGGUCAAAGUUAGCAAAUGCAUCGCCUAAACCAAAGAGACUUCACUUAGAAGAGGAUGACUGCGAUGGUCUUUUUCACUGCCCGGUGCAGAUUUGUAACCACGAUGGAUUCACUACGCAAAGAGGCUGUAGAAAACACGUAAAGAACAAACACAGCUGGUACUAUUACUUCGACGAGAAGCCAAACAGUGCUCAAAUGGAAUCGUUUCACAAUCAAUCCGAGAAAAUUGAAGCCAACGAUCGGACGAUUCCACGUACAACGAGAGCAAUUGCCUCAUUUGACUUGAAAAACAACAUUUCUAAGAGUUUUUCCUCAUGGCUAACUGGCAGCGGCGGGGGUUGUAAAAGCGAUCGACAAGCACAGCAAAUUGUCAGCAGGUGUAUAAAGGUUCUCAAAUUCUGUUGCGAAGACGAAGAGGAACUCACAUUUGGCAUUGUUGAUUUCAGCCUAUGUUCACCGAAUCUCCUAUUUAAAUUCGUUGAUACGAUGCAGGAUGAAUGGAAACUCGGACACGCGGGACGCAUAGGUUACUUGGACGCUAUUGCAGAAUUAGCGGAUUUCAGAAAAGUAAAUGGCGCAUCAGAAACAGUAUGGAGAGGCCUUUCCACAGCAGAAAUGUACUUAAAAAGGGUGCGAAAAACCGUGUCAAAGAUGAUGAGGUUACAAUGGACCAGCGAACUCGAUAUUGACGCUUUAGAAGCCAAGGGGCACUGCGCCACCAUGGAAGAGCUUUUAGAGGUGGUGGGGCGUUACUUGCCGCGCUACGAGAGCGUGCUUAAAACAUGCAGGGAUAAAUCAGAUACUGUUUCGCCACUGGAGUUAUCGUUCGCUACCAAAUUUCUGGCAGUCUAUUUGUUUAUCAAGGUUAAAGGCUCACGACCGAUGACAUACCAAUAUCUAACCGUAGAAAUGGUCGACAAAGCUAAGACGAACGGCGGAUUCAUAGACCAAAAACAAUUCAAGACAGCUGGAAAGUAUGGUUUUGAUUCCCUUUUCCUGACAGACACCAGUAUGCAAGUCCUAGAAGGCUACAUCAACCACAUUCGCCCACUUCUCAAGCCUAAUUGUGAUUAUGUUUUAGUCACGAGAAAUGGUCGACAACAUAACAAGCUAGGAGAAGCAAUGAGUAAAUUGGUGUUGCAACAGGCAAGUAUGUUCUCCCAACUCGCUACAGCCAAAUAGUGGAGACGGCAAGCUCUAGAACUCUCAGCAGCAGCGCGCAAGAUGCGAUCUCCGAGGACCAGAAACACAGCUCUAUUGUGGCAAGAGUUCACUAUCAAAAACGGCGAUCUCGCGAAGUCGCCAGCAAAGCACAUGCAUUUUUGGAAAGGCUACAGGGCGAGAGGGGAUCAGAGCUAGAGAUGGACGUACGCUCUAGGCUUUCUGAGAAUUCAAGUUCUUCACGAGAACAAGAUGUUAGCAAAACCGAUACGUCUUCUAAUGACGAAGAAGACGUAAUUACAGAUACAACACGCGAGCCUUUAGUAGGAGUGCCAAAAUUGAGGCGCGAAAAUGCGUUCAGAGUGACCGAAACAAGCACGCGACGGAAGAGUUUAAUGUUCACCCCCGAGGAAGACAAAUUCCUCAAAGCUGGACUUAAACGGCACGGAUUUGGGCAAUGGAAGGCGAUUCUAACAGACCCCGACUUUCAGUUCCAAAAGGGAAGAACAGCUAACUCUCUUCUGAGCCGAGCCGCUCGAAGAUUUGGAUCAUAU